AUUCUUCUUCUUCUCUUUUGGUCAAGAGAGCACCUUACACUCUACCUAUAUUUUGGUAAACUAGAAAACAUAUCUCUCCCAAGAUUAAUAUCGCCCAUUUUUAAGACUCGAUUCAAAUCAGACAAAAGAAGCAAUAUAACUAAUGAGAUAUUUUUUUUUUUUUUUGGUUUACAGAGAUAUUUUUAUUAUUUUGACAAAAUAGUUAACACUCCUUAAGAUAUUACUAUUGUCAAAAUGCUACAUAAGGUAGCUAGCCAAGUAAAUAAUAAUUAGGCAUGUCAUGAUCAUCAUUCAUUCAUCCAACUUGAUACGCCACUCCAUCUAUAUCUCCCACCUUUAUUAUUAAAUCCUUUCAUCCACUUCCCCCUUCACUCAUCCUCUCCUUCAAUCAUGGACCUUUCCCAAUUUCCCACUAUCCUCUUUUUCAUUGUCAUCCUCACCACCCUUGCUGCCGUCUCCGGUAGCCGUGACCUUCCCGGAGACUAUAUCCGAUUGCCUUCUCAAGCCUCCAAGUUCUUCCAUGAACCUGAAAAUGAUGACAACGUUCAAGGAACUAGAUGGGCUAUCUUACUUGCUGGUUCUAAUGGUUACUGGAAUUAUAGGCAUCAGGCUGAUGUUUGCCAUGCAUAUCAAAUAUUGAAGAAAGGUGGCUUAAAAGAUGAAAACAUUAUUGUUUUCAUGUAUGAUGACAUUGCUUCCAAUUACGAGAAUCCAAGGCCUGGUGUCAUAAUUAACAAGCCAGAUGGUGGUGAUGUUUAUGAAGGAGUUCCAAAGGAUUACACUGGUGCAGAAGUACAUGCUGACAAUUUCUAUGCUGCUUUACUUGGAAAUAAAUCAGCUCUUACAGGUGGGAGUGGGAAAGUUGUGGAUAGUGGCCCCAAUGAUCAUAUUUUUGUAUACUACACUGAUCAUGGAGGUCCUGGUGUUCUUGGUAUGCCUGUUGGUCCUUACCUGUAUGCAUCUGAUCUGAAUGAAGUCUUAAAGAAAAAGCAUGCUUCUGGAGGAUAUAAGAGCCUAGUAUUUUAUCUUGAGGCAUGUGAAUCUGGGAGUAUCUUUGAAGGUCUUCUACCGGAAGAUAUCAAUAUCUACGCGACAACAGCUUCGAAUGCAGAAGAAAGCAGUUGGGGAACAUAUUGCCCUGGCGAGUACCCUCCCCCUCCCCCGGAGUACUCAACCUGCUUGGGUGACCUAUACAGCAUUGCUUGGAUGGAAGACAGCGACGUACACAAUUUGCGAACUGAAAGUUUGCAGCAGCAAUAUAAAUUGGUUAAGGAUAGGACUAUCAAUGGUGCAUACUAUGGUUCUCAUGUGAUGGAAUAUGGUGAUGUAGGACUUGGCAACAAUCAUCUUUUCCUAUAUUUGGGAACAAAUCCUGCUAAUGAUAACAUUAGUUUUGUGGAUGAAAGCGCCUUGAAAUUGAGAUCACCUUCAACAGCAGUUAACCAAAGGGAUGCCGAUCUCGUCCAUUUCUGGGAUAAGUUCCGCAAAGCUCCUGAGGGUUCUCCGCGGAAAAAUGAAGCUCAGAAACAAGUUUUGGAAGCAAUGUCUCACAGGAUGCAUGUAGACAACAGUGUGGAACUGAUUGGGAAGCUCUUAUUCGGCAUUGAAAAGGGUCCUGAAGUGGUCAACGCUGUUAGACCUUCUGGAUCACCACUUGUUGAUAACUGGGACCUUCUUAAAACCACGGUAAGGACUUUUGAGACACAUUGUGGAUCUCUAUCUCAGUAUGGUAUGAAACAUAUGAGGUCCUUUGCGAACAUCUGCAAUGCAGGAAUAUCGAAUGAGCAAAUGGCCGAGGCCUCAGCACAAGCUUGUGCUAGUAUUCCUGCCAACCCCUGGAGUUCUCUGCAAGGGGGUUUCAGUGCAUAGUUCCUAAAAUGUGCACUUUGUUAAAACCGUCUACAAUUGUUACAUUAUGUUAUAUGAUUGUAUAUAUACCGUGCACCGGUCAUGAUCUCAAGUCAUGAUUCUGUAAAUACAAUUGGGACACUACUAGGACAUUGGGGAGUAGGGUUUCUCUCCGUUUCUUAGAAAUCGAGAACUCUAUUGCUAUAGUUUUGGAUAUAACGUGUCACGCGUUUUUAAUACUGGUGACAUAUUAAGCCCCCGGUCAUCCAAAAUUGUAGUAAUUGAGCUCUCAAUUUCUUUUCGCAAACAAUGAUGUGAAUAUGUUUUUAAUCCAUUCAAUUAUGGCGUUGUAUUAUUGUAAGAAAAAUAAUUUCAAGGGAUGGUGGCAUUUAUAGCAAAAGGAGGGAUGAGAGACCAAUAGUUCUGCUUGUUUUGGAAUCUCACGCAAUCAUGCAUGACUGAAUGCCAAUGUGUAUAGUGUAUAAUAGUGUAAGUGGGCAAUUGACAGGUAGGAGUGCCCUAGACACUAUGCAACAGAAAGAAUUGAAAAUCCUUUGUAUAAUUUUUUUUUUUUUUAAAUUACAUUUGUAUAAUUAUUUUAGUAGAAUGUGUUAUUCAUAUAACUAAUUAUUUUA